GAAGCAGCAAGACUUGCACAAAAGAUGGAAUAUCUUGAGAGGAAGAUUCAUCCCAUAACUCAGCCAUCAUUUUCUUUUUCUUUUCCUUGAAAAAGGCAUCAGAAACUCCAAACGACGCUAUCAAGGACGCCCAUUGCGUCUCUUCGCUUCAAGUACCUUUAUUGGAUCUCUCCCUCCAUCCCGACGCGCUCCCCGGCUCAGUGAGUUCCGAGUCGCUCCACCAUCACCCUCGCUAUCUACUCGCCUCGUGAUCGAUUCCGUCGCUCGCUGUCUUUAGAAACUUCGAUUUCCGAGCGGCUUGGGACUUGGAGAUGGGAGUAGCACCGAUGAGUUAUGACAUGGAAGAGGGGACGCUGGAGAUCGGCAUGGAGGAUAGGACCGUCUCUGGUGUUGCUGGGCCGUUGGUUACACUCGACAAAGUCAAGGGACCAAAGUAUCACGAGGUAGUAAAUAUCCGCUUGGGUGAUGGAACGACUAGAAGUGGGCAAGUCCUUGAAGUUGAUGGAGAGAAAGUUGCUGUGCGGGUUUAUGAAGGUACUUCUGGGAUUGAAAACAAAUACACCAUUGUGCAAUUCAUUGGCGAGGUUCUGAAAACACUUGUGUCCUUGGAUACGCUUGGGUUCAUAUUUAAUGGUUCUAGAAAGCCCAUUGAUAAUGGCUCUCUAAUUCUGCCAGAGGCUUACCUGGAUAUUUCUGGAAGUUCUAUAAAUCCCAGCGAAAGAACCUACCUGGAAGAGAUGAUACGAACAGGAAUUUCCUCCAUUGAUGUAAUGAAUUCCAUAGCUCGUGGACAAAAGAUCCCACCUUUCUUUGCUGCUGGUCUUCCUCAUAACAAAACAGCUACUCAGAUCCGUUAGGCUAGUCUUGUGAAGCGAUUGGAGAAGGCUGAUGAAUGACAAAGAGGACAAUUUUGCCAACAAUGUUGCCAUAGUAUUUGCUGCUAUGGGAGUGUACAUGGAAACUGCACAAUAUCUCAAACGUGACUUGGAGGAAAAUGGGUCAAUGGAGAGAGUGGCCCUUUUUC